GCCGCGGUGGGCGAGUGGAUCGCCGCCCACCCGCGGGUGCAGCGCGAGCGCUACGAGCUGCGCAGAGCCCUGCUGCUGGAGGCCGCGGCGCGCGACCCGCGCCGGCGCGGCGUGCUGCAGGACCGCCUGGACCCGCGCGGCACGUACCAGCGGGCGCGGCACGCGGUGGCGCUGCGGAGGGGAGUGCGCCGGCGGCCGGGCGCGGGUGCCGACGACGAGGGCGCCGGGGGCCCCGCCGCGGGCUCCCGGGCCCAGCACUCUGGAGGCUGCGCGGGCGCGGGACCGCCCAGCGCCUCCACGGCCGCCAGCGGGCGCAGGCCAGGCGUCCUGUUCGCGGGCAUCCACUGCAUCUUCCAGGAGUGCAGCGACGCUGUCAGCAGCUUGGCGCUCUCGCGCGAGUCUGCCGCGCUGCUCGCGGUGGGCACGCGGGCCGGCGGCAUCCUGCUGCUGCUCACCGGCGCCGGCCGCGCGCCCGCGGCAAGCGGGCCUGCCACCACCGCUGGGCCAGUGGUGGGCGCGCCGCCACGGCUGUCGGGGCACCAGGGCGCUGUGGCGCAACUGGACUUCAGCGCUGGCGACCGCUACCUCGCCUCUGGCGGUGCCGACGGCAUCAUCAGGGUCUGGAGGACGGAUGGGGGCGACUGCGUCCGCGAACUGUCGGCGGCCACCGCCGUCAGCACCGUGGCGUUCCACCCGCUGAAUCCGAGCCUGCUCUUGUACGCUGCCGAGUCGCGCGGGCUCGCGUGCGUCAGCGUGAGUGCCGCAGGCGCUGCGCGCUAUCUGGCACUAGGCGAUGUGGCCGCGGCUGCCUUUCACGACGCUGGGACGGUCGCGUUCGCCGCGGCGGGCGGCGCGGUGGAGGUUCUGCAGCUGCACGCGGAAAGGGACUGGGAGCUGAGCCUCUGGCGAUCCUUCCCCCUCGAGCGCGAGGGGACAGCGGCUGCGCCGCCCACACCCCUCGGCCUGACGUACACCUCCUGGCUGCGGGAGUUCGGGAGCGCGGCCCUCCUGGCGGCGUGCUCGGACCGAGCCGUGCGCGUCUUCUCGUGGCACGGCAUGGCCAGCGAGCGCGAGCCUGCGGCUGGGCCCUCGGCGUGGGUGGACCGCAUCCUGGACGCGAAGGGCGCCGGCGCCCUGUGCUGCCGGCUGGUCGUGCGGCUGCCCGCCGCGGUGCGCGCCGCCCCGGGCCCCGCCGCGUUCUGCGGCGAGGGCGCCUCGCACGCGGUGUGCGGCCUCGCGGACGGCUCCAUCGCCGUGGUGGACCUGCGGACCCUGCGGGUGGCCGAGAGCCUGGCGGCCCACGGGGAGCGGGUGUGUGCCCUCCGCGCGGGCGCCUCGGGGGGGCUGCUGGCCUCCGGGGACGCCGGCGGCUGCGUGGUCGUCUGGGGCACCACGCCCGCGCCGCAGCGCCAGGAGGGCCUGGCCGCGAGUGCCCUCGCGGACGCGGUGCUCGAGAUCCGCUCCGCGAGCGGCGCGGCGCGAGAAGUCCUGGCCGCAGCGCUGCUGGACUACGGCUCGGUGGCGGAGUGA